CCGGGGCUACGGGCUGGGUCUGAACGGUUUCACAGGGCCGCGGCUCGAGCACGGGGAUGUUUGGUGGGCUCUUGCCGGUGGCUGCCCCUGAGCCCCUCGGCUCUCCUAACUCUGUCCCGACUGGGCACGACCCCGCUGAGCUCCCCCGACACCGCUUGUCGCCCACUCGGCCGGGACGCGGCCUUCCCUGACGGCUGCCCUCACUCAAGAUGGCGGCUGGCGCCGGAAGCGGAAACAGGGUUGUGGGCGCGGCCGCACGUGGUGCCGGGUCCAGCAUGGCGCGGAGCGGGAGGCUGCGCUCGGGAGCCGCGGCCAAGCUGAAGCGCUGGCGGAAAGGCCACAGCAGCGACUCCAACCCCGAGACUCGCCAGCAUCGUCUGGCUGCCCGCAGCCGCUUCUGCAGCCGGCCGGCGGAGAAAAGUAACCUGACGGUGGAUGCAGUGAAGCUGCACAAUGAGCUGCAGUCGGGGUCCCUGCGUCUGGAGCGGGCGGGUGACAGCGCCCAGCGUAUGGAGGAGGGCAGUGCUGAGGAGGCUGCCACAGAGAAAUCCUCCGGCACCUUCCUGAGCGGGCUGAGCGACUGCACCAACGUCACCUUCAGCAAGGUGCAGCGCUUCUGGGAAUCCAACUCUGCUGCUCACAAAGAGAUCUGUGCCGUGCUGGCGGCUGUGACAGAGGUGAUCCGCUCCCGGGGCGGCAAGGAGAGCGAGACAGAAUACUUUGCUGCUCUGAUGACCACGCUGGAGGCAGUGGAGUCCCCCGAGUCACUGUCUGCUGUAGCCUACCUGCUUAACCUUGUCCUAAAGAGGGUCCCGAGCCCUGUUCUUAUUAAAAAGUUCUCAGAUGCCUCAAAAGCCUUCAUGAGUAUCGUGUCCUCGCAGGCCUGCAGCAGCUCCACCUCUGCCCUGCGAUGGGUGCUCUCUUGCCUGGCCACACUGCUACGGAAGCAAGACUUGGCAGCCUGGAGCUACCCUGUCACCCUGCAGGUCUAUCAUGGCUUGUUGAGCUUUUGUGUUCACACCAAGCCCAAGGUGCGGAAAGCAGCGCAGCAUGGCGUGUGCUCUGUCCUGAGGGGCAGCGAGUUCAUGUUUGGUGAUGCAGCCCCUGAGCAUCACCCUGCAGCACCUUCCACUGCCAAGUUCUGUGUGCAGGAGAUUGAAAAAGCUGGAGGUGCCAAGGAGGCCACCACCACCCUGCAUGUCCUUGCCCUGCUGCGGGACGUGCUGCCCUGCUUCCCUGCAGCUGUGGUGAAGACCUGCUGUGAGACCUUGCUCCGAGUCAUGACCCUUAGCCAUGUGCUGGUGACAGCAUGUGCCAUGCAAGCUUUCCACAGCCUCUUCAGCGCCCAGGCCAGUGUGGCCUGCCUGCCAGCUGAGCUCAAUGCCCAGAUCAUCACUGCUCUCUACGACUACGUGCCCAGUACGAGUGACCUGCAGCCACUGCUGACCUGGCUGUCCACCAUGGAGAGGGCUCACAUCAACCUGGGCAGGCUGCAGAAGGACCUGUGCUGGGCUCACCUGCCCCGGCUCUUCUCUGCUGCCAUGAACUGCUUCCUCUCCCCACACUCCCAGGUGGUGUCAGCAGCAGCACAGACCCUGGAGACCAUCCUGAGUGAGUGUAUUGCUCCCCACAUGGAGGAUGUGGGCACUGUGUCUGCAUCUGCCCCAGCCCCUGCUGCCUACCUGUGCAAGAUGUUCAGAUCAGUGGAGGAAGGGCUGACAUACCGUUUCCAUGCAGCCUGGGAUGAAGUUCUACGAGUGUUGGAGGUCUUCUUUGAGACAUGUGGGAAGCAGUGCCAUCCCAUCAUGAGGAAGUGUCUCCAGUCCCUGUGUGACCUGCGUCUCUCCCCACACUUCCCCUACACUGCUGAAGUGGACCAGGCAGUGGGGGCUGCUGUGAGCACCAUGGGUCCUGAGGUGCUCCUGGAAGCUGUGCCCCUGGAGAUCAAUGGCAAGGAGGAGACGCUGGAUUUCCCCCGCAGCUGGCUCCUGCCGGUGCUGCGGGACAACGUGCAGGGAGCACGCCUUGGCUUCUUCACCAGCUACUUCCUGCCUUUGGCAGCCACCCUGAAAAGCAGAGCCCUGGAGUUUACCCAGGCUGGGAAGAGUGUGGAGGCCAAGAUCUACGACACGCUGCAGUGGCAGGUCUGGACUCUGCUUCCUGGCUUCUGCACGCAUCCCACAGAUGUGCUGGGGGCCUUCAAGGGGCUGGCCCGCACCCUGGGCAUGGCCAUCAGUGAGCGCCCCGAUCUCCGCCCCACGGUGUGCCAGGCCUUGCGCACCCUCAUCCACAAAGGCUGCCAGACAGAUGCGGAGCGGGCAGAAGUGGGUCGCUUUGCCAAAAAUUUCCUGCCCAUCCUGUUCAAUGUGUACAGCCAAGCCGAGGAGGAUGGGGGCACAAGUGCUCAGCGCCGCUCUGUGCUGGACACUGUCCGUGCUUACCUGACCAUCACUGAUCCUCAGAUGGUGUGUGGAUUCCUGGAGAAAGCCAGUGCAAAGCUGACCAGUCCCGAGAGCUCCGAGUUUGCCAGACUCUCCAUCCUGGACCUGGUAGUGGCAAUGGCACCCUAUGCUGAUGAGCAGUCCCUGGACUCCUUGUACCGUACCAUCCAGCCUUCCCUCCAGAGCAAAGAGCGCAGCAUGCAGAAGAAGGCGUACCGUGUGCUGGAGGAGGUGUGUGCUGCUCCCCACGCUCCCUGCCAGGCCUUCGUCCACUCCCACCUCCAGGAGCUGCAGGCAGCGCUGCUGGACUCGCUCAAGAGCGCAGCAUCCCCGGCUAAGAGGCCACGGCUGAAGUGCCUGUUCCACAUUGUGAAGCAGCUAUCUGCAGAGCACGAGCCUUUUGUCACUGCCCUGGUCCCAGAGGUCAUCCUGUGCACCAAGGAGGUGUCAGUGGGGGCCCGCAAGAACGCCUUCAUGCUGCUCGUGGAGAUGGGCCAUGCUUUCAUCCGCUUUGGGCCCACCCCUGAAGAGGCCAUGCAGCGCUUCCUGCUCCUCAUCUACGUGGGGCUCACUGGCUCAGUCACCGUGAUCAGCUGCACCGUGCUGGCACUGACCCGCCUGUUCUUCGAGUUCAAAGAUCACCUGGAGUUCAGUGUGGUGGAGCAGCUCCUGCAGAACAUCUGCCUGUUGCUGGCCUCCCGCACACGGGAUGUGGUCAAGGCAGCCCUGGGAUUCCUGAAGGUCACACUGCUGCUGGUGGACACCAAGCUCCUGGCCAAGCAUGUCCAGACAAUGCUGGAGGCUGUGGGGAACCUCUCAGAUGACAUGAGGCGCCACUUCCGUAUGAAGCUGCGAAACCUCUUCAUCAAGUUCAUCCGCAAGUUUGGCUUUGAGCUGGUCAAGGGGCUGCUGCCAGCUGAGUACCAUAAGGUGCUGGUGAACAUCCGCAAGGCGGAGUCCCGGAGCCGCAAGCAGCGUGCCCUGAAGAAGGCAGCUGCAGAUAUGGACGAGGAGGAGGCACCAGCACCACAGCCCAGAGGAGACAGUAUGGAGGAGAUCCUGGCUGACUCAGAGGACGAGGAGGAGGAAGAGGAGGAACGGCAUCGGAGCAAGGAGUGGAGGAAGCAAGCACGGCAGAAGGGCCAGGCAUGGCUCAAGGAAGGGGAAGAUGAUGAGCCCCUCAACUUCCUGGACCCUAAUGUGUCCCAGCGGGUGCUGGCCACCAAGCCAGGCCCCAAGCGGUCUAGAGGAGUGAGCCAUGACUUCCAGAUGUCUGAGGAUGGACGCCUGAUCAUCCAUGAAGAGGAAGAGGAGCUGGAUGAUGAUGAAGGCAAAGGAGCAGAUGAGGAGAUGGCAGAUGUGCUGCAGGAUGUGGGGCUCCGCAGUAAAAGUCAGAAGCGUCGGUUCAGAGAGGAGCCAGACGACGAGGAAGCUGAGGGUGGAGCCUCUUCUCAGUAUAGAGCUGGAGGCUCUGGGAUCCAUCGGCCGCUGAACAAGGUGCCAGCCUUUGGUGCAGAGUAUAGAUCCAAGAAAGGUAAAGGUGAUGUGAAGAAGAAGGGCCAGCUCGACCCCUAUGCCUACAUCCCCCUGAACAGAGCUAAACUCAACAGAAGGAAGCGGGCAAAAAUGCAGGGCCAGUUCAAGGGCCUGAUGAAGGGAGCCCAGCGCGGGGCCAAGGCCGGCCGCAGGAACCGUCUGAAGUCCCAGCGCUCCUGAGGACACUCCAGUGUUCCACCUGCCCAAGGACACAGCAUCCUGUUAGUGGAACAGCUGGGAGUCCUCUUGAAGGUGACCUGCAUUUGUCUGAGACUCCCUGGGAAGCUGCUUGGAUGUAUUAUGGACUAAUGGCCCUUCUGUGCCUGGUACAGGCAUGGGUGUGCAUGCGUGAGAGCAAGGAAUAUGUAAAUUCUCUAUAUUGAUAAAUAUCCUCUGUUCUUACCCAGCCCAGAUUCCUCGUCCCUCUCCUUCCCUUCAGAUCUUGCAUAACUGUGCUGUGCCUUCUGUCCAUGUGCAGCGGGUCCUGCUGCCCCUGCAGGGCUGCAUCCUGCAGGGAUCACAGCAGCAUCAGCCUGGGCCUGGGGCCAGAGCUCUCCCUCCCACACUGGGCUUGCCUGGAGGCUGCCAGGAGCAGCACUGUGGCACAGAGCAGUAGGGCUGAGAUGUGGAGCUGGCCAUAGAACAAAGCCAGAGAGGCUGAAGUCCCUACAACCAGCUUGCUUUACCAAAUUCCUUGGCAGGCUCUUCUGCCCAAAACCCUGGCCAGUGGUUCUGUGCCAUGUGGAAAGUGACUGCCAUUUGACCACUGGACACUUCUCCCAUAUCAGCCGUGCUUGAUGGCAGGGCAGGAACAGUUUACUGCAAAUUUCUCCAGACUGGCUGGAAAACUACUACAGCAAAUCUCUGUGCCUUGCCAUUUCUCUUACCUUUGAGAGCUGAGAGAAGCCCUUUGCUGUGGCCACUUCCUGCCAGACCUGAGCAGCAUGAGUAAUCCUGAACCUUUUUAGCUGCUCAGCCCUGUCACAUUGGCCUGAGCAUCAGGUUUUGCCCAGCUACUUCUAUGCUGAGUGCAAAAGAAGGUGUUUGGCCAAAGUGUGCUGCAGAGAGCAGGGCUGAGGGUAGUGGAUACAGGUCCCAUUGCUCACGCUGCUAAGAACAUGUGUUGGUGAAUGUAGCUGGCUUUCCCUUCCUCUUUCAUAUUAAAAAGCCUU